AUGAUACGCACUCCACCAAGCCAACUGAAUCCAAAUGUCCAAGACGGGGAAAAAGGUGCAGACAAUCAGGACAAAGUACCAGAAAAUGAAUCUGUUGUCUCUGACGUAUCGAAAAGAGGUACAUCGCGAAGCAGCAUAACUGACAGCCAAAUCAAGCUCUUAGAUCUAGAGGAGGAAAAUGAGGAGGCGGAACUGCGUGCUUCUAUUGAACAAGACAGGAUUGUAGCCGAACAGAAACUAGCCGAAUUGCAGAUUCAGCAUGACCUGGCACUGAAGACGGAACAAAGGAAAGCUGCGUUUCUGAAGCGACAACGUGAGCGAAAUUUGAGAAAGGUUGAGCUGCUGUCUAGAUCGAGUACCUCGAGCAGAUCGAGUGUGUACACUAAUGCGUCUAAGCGUGUUGAAGAGUGGGUUGCUGAGGCAGAAAAGGUAAGGCCACACAACGAAUAUGAAGAAUCAUCCCACCGGAUGGAUCAUGCAUUUUCACGAGAAACCGAAGUACGGAAUACGUCGACACCUGGCGUAAGAAACGCGACAGCACCCGAGCCUGGGGGGAACGAAAUCUUGUCUCAGGCCUUUAAAGCGUUGCAGAGUCGAAACAUGAAAGACCUGCCCUCGUUUUCGGGUGACGUAAUGGAAUGGACGAUUUUCGAAAGCGAAUUUAAAACGUCAACUAAGGAAUAUAAACUAACUGAUCGCGAUAACCUGAGACGGUUGAACAAAGCGUUGCAAGGUAAAGCGCGCAAGACUGUGGAAUCACUGCUUGCAUCCCCUGAGAAUGUGCAGCAGAUUAUACGAAUGUUGCAGUCAAACUUCGGACGCACCGAAUGGGUGGUGGCAAAUAGACUGGAAGCGCUAAGAAACCUGGAGAUCGUAAAAGAAGGUAACAUCGAAUCUUUCCGUGCCUUUUAUAAUGCGGUAAUUGGUACCAAGGUUGCGAUGACCAACGCGAAGGCGGAUAACUACCUGAUGAAUCCCGAACUCAUCUCUCACCUGGCUGAUAAACUGCCUGCUUUCAGCAAACAGAUGUGGGUUCGGCAUAAGGCCGCUUUGAUGAAAGAAGGCGUCACUAUCGAGUUUAACACUUUCUCGCGUUGGUUGGAGGAUGAAAUGGACAACCAACUUGCUAGUCUCAAUCCUGUAUUUAGCGCCAAGAAGGCCAGCUACCAGCUCAAACCGAAACCGAUGGUUCUGAAUGUCAACUGUCGCGAAGAUGAAGGAACAAAGAUUUGUCCUUUGUGCUCGGCAAAUUCUCACGUUGGUCUAGACAAGUGUGAACAGUUUCAUAAGCUGUCUGUUGCUCAACGUCGGUCUGCUGCUAAUUCCUGCAAAGUCUGUUACAUCUGCCUGAAGUCAGACCACUCCAGAAGAAACUGCAAGUCCGAGAAGAAAUGUUCAAUCUGCAAGAAGAAUCAUCACGAGUUAGUCCACUCCGACGAUUCUGCGAGGAACUCGAAGUACACCCGUACGAACACGUAUAAUAGUCAGCAGAAUGUAUGCAAUGUCCAUGGCAAAAAUAUGAAUACACUGCUCCGAGUAGGAAAGGUGAGGAUCCAAGGUCCGAGAGGUACAGCAGAAUUAUUUGCACUUUUCGAUGAAGGUUCGUCUCUGUCGAUGAUGGAUGCUGCAGUUGCGGAGAAUAUUGGAUUGCGAGGACCGAUCGCUCCUGUGUCCUAUCGUUGGACUAAUGGUACUUUGCACAAGGAAGAACAGUCGAUGAUGCUGUCGUUUCGCAUUUCCGGACCAUCGGAGCAAGCGAAAUGGUAUAACGUUAGCAAUAUCCAAACUGUGCAGAAUAUCGCUCUACCUCCGGUGAAAUUCGACGUUGCGAAUAUCAAGCGAUUGUAUCCUAUGUUAGACGAUGAUAAAUUAGUUGCGAUCCAGGAUGCCUGUCCCUGUAUACUGAUUGGCUCGAAUAAUGCGGGCCUGAUUGUACCUCUGAAGACGGUGCAAUAUUCGCUUCAAGGCUUGCAAUUGACUCGUUGUCACCUGGGAUGGACGAUCCAUGGAGUAAUAGAUCCGACCAUUGCUGGAUCGAAUAAACAUCAUGCAUUCCUGUGCUCAGAAAAUGAUGACAUUGAACUUACUGAUCUGGUGAAGAAAAUGUACAAAGUUGAAAAUUUUGGGAUUUCUGGUCAGAUGGCGAAAAUAGCCGAUGAAGAUCAGCGUGCACUAGAUAUCAUGAACCGCACGAUCAAACGGCGUGGGGAACGAUUCGAGGUAGGCCAGAUUUACAAAUACAACAACUUUGACUUCCCGGAUAGCAAACCACAAGCGCUACGUCGGCUCCAGAUUAUCGAAAAGAAAAUGGACUCAAACCCCGAUUUCGCUGAGCGAUACUGCAACAAAAUUCAAGACUACGUUGAUAAGGGGUACGCUAGGAAAUUGGAACCUGAAGAAAUAGCUGAAACAUCGAACACCUGGUACCUGCCACACUUCAGUGUGGUGAGCUCCGAGAAGUUCCGUUUGGUCAUGGAUGCCAAAGCAAAGUCACAUGGGUUUUCUCUGAACGAUCUGUUACUGAAGGGUCCCGAUUUAGUUCCACCACUGAUUGCGAUUCUGAUCCGCGCCAGAAUGAAAAGGAUUGCUUUCGUCGCGGAUAUCAAGGAAAUGUUUCACCAAGUACUCAUCCGUAGAGAAGAUCAAGACUCCCAACGUUUCCUGUGGCGUGGUAUGAACCGUAUGGACCCUCCCAGCGUGUACGUUAUGAUGGUGAUGAUAUUUGGCGCUGUUUCGUCUCCGUCGAUGGCGCAAUUCAUUAAGAACUUCAACGCGAAAGAGCUUGAAGAAAAGUACCCUGGUGUUGAACGAGCUGUCGUCAAACAACAUUAUGUGGACGAUUAUUUUGAUUGUGCUGACACGGAGGAAGCGGCAAUCGAAAUGGUUCAGCGUGUGAUAAAGGUACACGAACAAGGUGGAUUCAAGCUGCUAAAGUUCUCGUCGAACUCCAGAGCUGUGUUGGAUUCACUCGAUCCUGAAAUAGUAGCGGAACAGAAACAGGAUGGUAUUCGUGUCCUCGGAAUCAAGUGGGACCUGCAGUCCGAUGAAUUUGUAUUUCCAUUGAAUUUUCCAAAACUGGAUGCGUUGUAUCGGACCGGAAAAGCGGUGCCUACGAAGCGGCAACUGUUGAAAUUUAUGAUGGGCAUCUUUGACCCGCUAAGUUUACUCAGUCCUGUUACGAUUCAACUGAAGUUCAUCUUUCAAGAACUGUGGCGGCUGCAGUCCGGAUGGGAUGAUGAAAUUCCGGACGGUCUUGUUCCCAGAUGGAUGGAGUGGUUAAAUGAAACUGCAAAGCUAGGAGAAAUACGACUGCCAAGAUACUACUAUCCAACGGUACCGUCAUUCGAUAAUGUGGAAUUACACGCUUUCUGUGACGCGAGUGAUAAGGCCUUCGCUUGUGUGAUCUACAUGGUUCAUCGUCGAGAGGGUAAGUCACACGUUGCUUUGGUUUAUGCAAAAUCAAGGGUAGCGCCCCUGAAGGCACAAACCGUGCCGCGAUUGGAACUGCAAGGAUGCGUUCUGGCCAGCCAAAUGAUCCAUGUACUGCAGUCUGAGCUGACGAUAGAAGUCAAGAAGAUUUUCUUCUGGAGUGACUCGAAGAUCUGUUUGAGUUGGCUGAAGACAAAUCAAAAACUGACGGCAUACGUUGGUGCUCGCGUUAUGCAAAUCAAAGAGAAUGGUCACGGCGUAGAGUUGUGGCAUUGGCUUCCGUCGCAGCUGAACGUGACCGAUUUGGCUACGAAGUGGUCUAAGUUUGGCAGCAUGCUAGAAUGGGUUCGUGGUCCAGACUUCAUUUAUCGUGAUAGUGUCAACUGGCCGAAUUACGAACCGUUGGAGAUGUCUUCUACAGAGCUUGUGAGUUUCCACUCGGAACUGGAUUGCACGGAGCAGGUGUGUUGCGGUGCAUUCGCUGAAGAAUUGAUUGAUCUUCCUGAUAUUGCGCGGUUCUCUGACUUCAAUCGAUUGGUUAGAUCAACCGCAUACUACCUGAAGAUGAGAAAACUUUUAGCAUUGCCGAAAUGCGAAAAACCCAAACGAUUGACGAUAACUAUGAAAGACAUAGUAGAUGCUAGAAGUGCAUGGUAUAAGAAGGUACAGUCUGAAAUUUUCGGUGCAGAGUUGCGCAGCUUGAUGAAGAUCGGUUUCGUGAAGAGUAGCAGUCGCCUAAGAACAUAUUCACCAUUUCUACACGAUGGAAUCAUCCGUAUGAAAGGCCGUAUUCAAGAUCACAACAAACCAUUCGAAGUGAACAACCCUGUCAUUCUUCCUGAUAACCACCCGUUCUCAACAUUGCUCAUCCGUAUGUAUCAUAUUGCCAAUGCACAUCAGGGAUUAGAGACCGUCGUUAACAGUAUUAAAGAACGUCACCGCAUUUUGAAGAUUCGUUCGCAAGUAAAGAAGUACACGAUGUCCUGUGUGAAGUGUCGAGAGCUAAGAGCAAAACCAGCCGUUCCGCAGAUGGGCAUCUUGCCAAUGGAGCGCACAACGCCGUUCGUGUAUCCAUUUACCUCUACGGGCAUCGAUUACUUCGGGCCGAUGGCUGUGAAGGUCGGCCGUCGUGUCGAGAAAAGGUGGGUAGUGCUGUUUACUUGCAUGACGUCAAGAGCAGUACAUUUGGAGGUGGUCCCAUCACUCGAUACAAGCAGCUGUAUAAUGGCAAUUCGCUGCUUCAUGUCGAUUCGUGGACUGCCACAGUGCAUCAUGACUGAUAAUGGGACCAACUUCACCGGUGCUAACCAAGCGUUGAAGACACUGGUGAAGACGCUGGAUCAUCCACAGAUUGAAGAAUCAUUGAGUGUUAGAGGUGUUCAAUGGAAGUUUAUACCGCCUGGUGCUCCUCAUUUUGGAGGCUGCUGGGAGCGAUUGGUACGUUCCGUUAAAACUGCUCUUCGUGCGAUGUUGCAGGAACGACAACCCACCGACUUGGUGCUACGUACUGCUUUGUGCGAGGCAAUGAACACAGUAAACAACCGACCGUUGACGCAUGUUGCAGAUGACCCGUUGGAUCCAGAACCGUUGACACCGAACAUGUUGCUGCUAGGACGAAACAAUACAAUCCAAUUCGACCAUGAUUUCGAUGAACGAGACCUAAGCUGCCGUGCUGCGUAUAAGCAUGCUCAGAUUUACGCGGAUCGUUUCUGGCGUAGAUGGGUUGCAGAGUAUCGUCCGGAGCUGAUCCGAAGUCGCAAGUGGCCUGACAGCAGAAGCUAUCACGACUACAAAGUUGGUGACAUCGUGAUGAUAGUAGAUGAAAGUUUGCAUCGUGGUACCUGGCCAAAAGGUGUGGUGGAAAAGGUCUAUCGUGGUCCGGACGGGAAGGUUAGGACAUUGUUGGUCAGAACGAUGAAGUCAACCUACAAGCGUCCAGUCAGUAAGAUUGUUUUGCUGCAAGCCAUCAGUUCGGUUCCUGGCCUGGAGAAUGUUGCCAACACUGCAAGCACCUAG